ACUGGUUACCUACCGACAGUCUCGUUCUUGGAAUAUCGCGUCGUGCGCGUCUACACUCGUCGUCGAACACACCGAUAUUUUUUAUUUUCCUUCGCGUUUUGUUUACUGAAAAACGGUUUUUCGAUUUUAACUUCUCGAGUAAACAUUUUGUUUGUUUGUGUUUGUUCUUUUUUUUUUUUUUGAUACGCAAAUCUCACUUGUUAUUAUAUUAUAUUAAACUCCCGUCAAUUGGAUAUCGUCCACAGACUUCGACGAAAAAGGUUUCGCGGGAACCAUGUUGGAAACCGUAGCAGAGAAGAAAAUUCCGCCGCCGCUGCCGCCCAAGACCCGACGCGGCUGUCUGAAAACGGGCGUCGACAGCGGCUGUGGCGGCGGUGCGACCAUCUUGCAGUCCAACGGCCACGUCGUGAAAAUCCGAAUAGACCCGAUGAUGGUCGACGGGGUCGGCAGCGGCGGCGGUUGCAGUGACCGCGUCGAACGGGACGACGGGCCGCGCAGGGAGCACGCGGCGGGCCGCCGAUCCAGCACGGUCAAGAUAAACAUCACUUGCGUGGACCCGUUCGUGUUCCGCCGGCACUACGCCGACGUGGUGGACGACGACGAGGACGACGAGGACGACGACAGGCGCUCGUCGUCGGGACACCGAUCGCCGCUGGACAGCGGCACGGGCAGCGACCUGGACACGGGCAGCCGGCGGGACGAGAGCGACGACGGGACGUGCAGUUGCGAUUCGCUGACCAGCAGCACGGCAGAUCCCGAGACGGCCGUGAUGACGGUCGAUCCGGCGCCGCCGGGACGGCAGAUCGUGGCCGUUGGCGGCGGCAGCGGUGGUGGUGCAAUCAUGCGGGUCACAGCCAACGAAUUGCCGGCAACGCAGACAUGUACGACGGCCGGAGUCGUGGCCACCGCCGCCGUCGCGACGGUCGUCGAAGAGCUGCCGAAACGUUCGACGCCUCCGCCGCCGCCGGUCGUGCACGUCCAACAGCAGUGUUACAACGACGCGUAUGCGGUGGCCGCCGCGGCCGACCGCAUCAUCGACAUGGACAACACGGACCAGUACUACAGCUUUCACAUGAACGAGAACGUGUUCGACGAAGUGGACGCGACCGCUGUGGCCACCGUCGCCACGCCGUCGGACGACACGUUCGCGGGAUGCAAGACCGCAGUCGUCGCCUCGGACACGAUACGCAGCGCCAAAGGCACCAUCAGGGGCGUCAAGAACCGCGUCAGGGCCGGAAUAGCGACGUUCUUGCAGCCCAAGACCAACAAGACAUGGCAGGAAAAAGAAGCCGGAAAAGUGGUGUUGUACACGACCACCAUGGGCAUAGUCAGAGAGACGUACCAGCGGUGCCUUCAGGUCAGGCAAAUACUGAGGACUCAUCUGGUUAAAUACGUGGAAAGAGAUGUCUUCAUGAGCCGAGAAGUUCAGAAGGAGAUCAGAGAACGUCUCGGCGGCGACACAAUUUCAGUGCCGCAACUAUUUGUCGAAGGGAAUCUCAUCGGAGAUGCAGCAGCUGUAGACAGACUGAACGAAUCUGGGGAACUCCGAUCGAUUUUAAAACCAUUUAAGAGUCCGGACGCCUGUACAACGUGCCAAGUCUGCGGGGGCUACAGGCUACUGCCCUGUCCGAUGUGCAACGGUAGCAAGAAAUCCGUGCACAGAAAUCACUUUACCACCGAAAUGAUCGCUCUCAAGUGUAUGAACUGCGACGAAGUGGGAUUAGUACAAUGCUAUGCUUGUUAAAAUAUCACAACCACACAUAAUACUAUAUAGUAUUUUAUUAUUAUUAUUUUGUUUAAUUGAUUAUGCAAUGUGUAUCGUUAUUAUAUUAUA